AUGGCGCUCGAUCGCUGGCUGGCAUUGGUCAUCUUGCUGAUCUGCCUGGCCUAUGGCUACGCAGCUUACUUCACCAUGGACGCGCUUUUACCGCCGAUCAUGAAACGCAGUCCAAACUGGCCAUCAAGCUUUCCGAAAGUCUUGGUUAUCGGAGCCAUUCUGCUGUCGCUGAGCAUCUUGCUGGGCCUGGAAAAAUCUCCCGACAAGUCGGACGCGGCGGAUAUCAACCUGUCGCGUUUGCACGAAUACCAGGUCGGCCAGGCGGUUCUGCUCCUGGUCCUGAUGGUGGCGUAUGCGCUUCUGCUUCGUCCUAUCGGUUUUCUUGCGGCGACCUUUCUGUUUCUGAGCGUCGGCAGUUUCAUUCUCGGUGAGCGCCGCUUCGGUUUGAUGAUCCUCGUUGCGGCAAUCGCUGCCGGCACGGUCGGGUAUCUGGUGGACGCUGAGAUGCUUGAAGGACUUCUGGCAGGCCUUUCGACGGCCUUCACCUUUACCAACAUCAUGAUGGUAAUCGGAGGCUGCCUGAUCGGCACGUUCAUCGGCAUGCUGCCGGGUCUCGGCCCGAUGUCGAUCAUCGCCAUCAUGAUCCCGGUCGCCAUCACGAUCGGUGACCCGUCGGCCGCCCUGAUCCUGCUGGCCGGAGUUUACUACGGCGCGGUCUUCGGCGGGUCGACUUCGUCCAUUCUCAUCAAUGCGCCCGGCGUCGCCUCGACGGUGGCAACGUCUUUCGACGGAUAUCCGCUGGCACGAAAAGGUCAGGCUGGCAAGGCGCUGACCGUAGCUGCGAUCGCGUCGUUUUCAGGAGGCACCAUCGGUGCCAUCCUGCUCAUGGUCUUCGCGCCGGCGCUGGCGUCGGUCGCACUGCUGUUUCAUUCUUCCGAGUAUUUUGCACUGAUGGUCGUAGGCUUGUCGGCGAUCGCCGCAUUUGCCGGGACGGGCCAGGUCAGCAAGGCUCUCCUGAUGACAUUCCUCGGAUUGAUGAUGGCGACUGUCGGGGAAGGUGUGCUCUUCAACGCGCCACGCUUCACGAUGGGGGUCAUGGACCUUCAAUCCGGUUUUGGUUUCAUUACGCUGGCCAUGGCGAUGUUCGCAUUGCCGGAAGCCAUCUUCCUCGUGCUUGAUCCGGGACGGUCCAAGACCGGGGAUGGCAGCGACAGUGGCAAGAUCAAGAAUUUGCGCAUAACCAGGGAAGAGGCACGCAAGAUUACACCGGUCAUCGGGCGCCAGUCGCUCCAGGGGUUCUUCAUCGGGGUUCUUCCUGGCGCCGGCGCAACAAUCGCCUCGUUUCUGGGUUACGCGGUCGAGCGCAACAUCGCAUCCAAGGAAGAACAGGAAGAAUUCGGAAAAGGCUCCGUCAAGGGCAUUGCCGCACCGGAGAGCGCGAACAACGCAGCCUGUACAGGGUCCUUCGUUCCGCUUCUUACCCUGGGUAUCCCUGGAUCCGGAACAACCGCGAUCCUGCUGGGUGCGCUGAUUGCGCUCAAUGUCAGCCCGGGUCCACGCCUGAUGGUGGACGAACCGCAAAUCUUCUGGGCGGUCAUCAUUUCCAUGUAUCUCGGAAAUCUGGUGCUUCUCAUCCUGAACCUGCCGCUGAUCCCCUAUAUCGCCAAGGUCCUGGCGGUUCCGCGCAACUACCUGAUCCCGUUCAUUUUGUUCUUUACGCUGAUGGGUGCCUAUAUCGGACAGAACAACGCGACCGAACUCCUGCUUCUGGUCGGAUUCGGGAUCUGUGCGACACUGUUCCGUUUUGCGGACUACCCUCUCGCGCCGCUCCUGAUAGGGUUCAUUCUCGGCCCGCUGCUGGAGAACAACUUUUCGCGGGCAAUGCAGCUUUACGACGGAAUUGGUUUCGUCUGGGAACGUCCGAUGACGCUGGGAUUGCUGAUACUGGCCGUCAUGCUGGUGGUGUUGCCCGGAUAUCGGGCUCGGCGCGCGCGGCUCCGGGCAGAAGGCGUGGCCGACGGGGUCAUCAAGGUCGAGGCUACCGGUCGAGGCGAUCUUGCGCGUCGGCUGGGCGCUGAUCCGGACCUGAACGACAAGGGCAUGGGCGUUUCCUUCCUCGCGCAGAAUGCCGGCAAGAAAUCCGUCACGGUCAAUCUCAAGCAUCCAAAGGGAAAGCAGCUCUUUCUCAAGCUGGUGAAGACCGCAGACGUGUUGGUUGAAAACUUCCGACCGGGAGUGAUGAAGCGGCUUGGCGUCGAUUACAAUACGCUCAAGAAAGAAAAGCCUCAGCUGAUCUAUUGCGCGAUCUCCGGGUUCGGACAGGACGGACCCUGGGUCCACCGGCCGGCUUACGACCAGAUCAUUCAGGGUGCAUCCGGCGUCAUGUCGAUCACGGGUGACAGCGAAAGUGCGCCCCUGCGCGUCGGAUAUCCGGUUGCCGAUACCGUUGGAGGCAUAACUGCCGCAUUUGCCGUCGCCUCUGCUCUGAACGCCUCGCCGAGAGGUAGCUUCAUCGACGUCUCCAUGCUUGAAUCGGUGCUGGCCACCAUGGGAUGGGUGGUUUCGAAUUAUCUGAAUGCCGGCGUUGAACCGGCCGCCAACGGAAAUGAAAACGUGACGUCUUCGCCCUCCGGGGCCUUCGAAGCAGAACACGGACUUCUCAAUAUUGCCGCAAACAAGGACGAGCAGUGGAUUUUGCUAACGGACCAUCUGGGACUGGGCGCGCUCCGCGAGCGACCGCAAUACGCCACGCGUGAAGACAGAAAGCGAAACCGGCUGGCUUUGAAAGCCGAGCUUGAAACAGUUCUGAAAACACGGCCUGCGCGCGAUUGGGCCAAGGAACUCAACAGGAUAGGUGUUCCAUCCGGUGCGGUGUUGACUGUGCCGGAGGUUCUGGAAAUGCCACAGGUCGCAGAUCGUGGUUUUCUGAAGACGUUCCAGGACGUGCCCGGUGUUGGCCGGGAUAUUUCCGUGACGACGACAGGGAUCAAACUGGACGGAGAAGCCCCUCGUGUCGACGAUCCUCCGCCUCUUCUUGGCGAACACAACAAUGAAAUCUGGACUGACCUCGGUCUCAGUGAAGCGGAGUUGACCGAAUUGGAGAACGACGGCGCGCUGUGA